GAUUCAUCAAUACUCUAACUGUUUCUUCGAGCUGGCAUUCCAUUUUCUUGCCUCCCAGCCGCUGUAGCUACACCCUCGAAUCGGUAGUCAGGAAUCAGCUGCCUGCUACGUAAGGAUGGAGCUUGUGAAUUCAAUCUGGGAACAGGGUUCAGAUGCGACCUCGACAGGAAAAGCGCAAUCUUCAGCUCACUGGAAGCAAUCCGAUGACCUCGGCAUUCUAUUGAACGCCGGUAUAGCAUUACUCCCGGAUCCACCGACUCUGGCCAAGGCACCGGAUAUAGGAGAUCGCCCUUCUCUAUAUCGUCCGGUUCAAGAAGCUUCAUACAAUUUCCAGCAGACCAAUAGGCUAAUGCACGAACACCUGAUUCUGUUGGCUCCAGCAACGACGAUGUCAACUCCGUCGCCUCCUCCGCCUCUACCGAUAUCCAUGCCUCAAAUGACAGGCGAGACUUCCAACAUCGCUAUGCAGACACUAGAACUUCAUCACGAUCAACAUCAAUCAUUGGCAACGACAACUUCGUUGCAAAGAUCGGCUAUAAAAAUGCGCAAGCGAACUAAGACGGGAUGUUUGACGUGCCGUAAGAGAAGAAUCAAAUGUGGAGAAGAAAGACCGACCUGCACAAACUGCGUCAAAUCGAAGAGGCAAUGUGAGGGCUACCAUCAAAGAGUUCUUUUCAAGCCGCCCAUUGGAGACUGGCCUAAUCAUCCUGGUGUCGUAAACACCAUACAAUAUCAUACUUCGAUGCUUCCUGGUGUACGAAAUCCACCGUACCAGAAUGUACUGCACCAAGCGCCUCAGUCGCUAGUUGUCCCCCUCCCACCUCGACCUUUGGGCAGCUUCGACAUCUCAGGCAUGGCAGCGCCGUACCUAGGCACGCAAGACCAAACCGAGGCUUUAUCUCGAGCAGCUGAUUAUGGAUAUGAAUCUUCCUUCAGUCCGUCGCUCAUCCAAUGGCAAUCCCCAGGGGACAGCUAUCUACCUUAGUCGCAGGAAAGCGACCAGAUCUCGCUCGGCACUUCUCUCGAACGGCAGAAACAAGGGGGGCGCACAGAAUCCGGAGCCUAUCAUGUUAUACCUUCUCACAUUGUCGUACUACAGAGCGGGAGCGCGGUGUAUCCAGCUCAGGAGAUAGACGAAAAGAGGCUCAGAAAGGAUAAAGCAACGCUCCUGAACAGACUGUUGACACAC